AUGCACCGAACGCGCCUCGAGUUCGAAUUUCAGACUUCCUUGGACGCGCCUUUGACCCGGCGUGACUUCUCAUCACGUUCAGAAUCUGCGGUGGGUCAGAAGCGCCGGGUGGUGGCGAGUUCCACAACCACCACUGCCGCCGCCGGCAACGCCACUGCUACAACCGCAUAUCCUGCUGUCAAGACGUAUAAGAUGGACUUUAAGGCUGGAUCUUCUUGGGGAGGGCGGCCGACUCCCAAGCCGUUUGAAAUUAUAGUGUUCACAAACGCCGGGAUUGAUCCUGUGAAGAAUCUGUAUCGUGUGGAGACGAGAGACAAACUUCGCAAUUGUAACCUCAAGGGGGCGACACUGCUACAUCAAUUUACCGCUUUUGGCCAGAAGUUUCGCUACACUGUGCCAUACACCUUUGGCGAGGGCCUUUAUUUAGCCGCCAACUCUUGGCUGUGCACUGGUUAUGGUCUCAAGUUUGCUAUCCCUGUGGCGGAUCACGCCUAG